CCAAACCCCCCCAAACGCCCCUCCCCGUCCUGCUCUGCCAGGGCGGGACUUGAACGCAGGACCCGUUUCUCGCCCGUCUCUGCCCCUGGGGGCUGUCAGCCACCCCCGUAGCUGAAACGGACCCGUGUUCUGACGACCCCCUCUUAACACCGAGACUUGACUGAGCGCUGGACGGCCCCGUCCGGCGGCCCGUGUGGUUGUGCCCUCUUGACGGCCUUUGGGCGUCCCCAGUGUAAGGUGCGAGCGUGUGUCAGAACUGAGGGAAUCCACUGUACGAUUUGUCCGUCUCACCUUGCGUGUCAGUUUUACAUGGAAAGAAAAAAAAACAAACAAACCAAGAAACAAGUGUGUGCUAAGCUCCGGCAAGGAUGUGUGCAGUUGAAAUGCACGGCAGAAGUAAAAUGGGCUGAUGGAUGGAGAUGGAAGGCUGGAGGAACCACCAUCUGCUUUUACACAGGUGCAAUGAGGCUAAUGCGAACAGUCUAGAAAGCAGAAAUGAGAUCAUAAAAGAGGAUACCACUCUAAGAAGGCACCAUACUCUAUGGUACAACAUUCUGGAAAAGGUUUAGAACCUUUCUUAGUCUUCCUAUCAGAAGUAGGAGUUUCAGAGAGAGAAUGAUCGAAGAAGGAAUUCAAGAGAUUUUCCUGGAAUUAAGUGGAAGCAUUUCCAAAGUAGAAUACUCACAGAUUAUCCUACACAAGUAGUGGGAAAAAAAAUCUUUAAUGCAUGUUAUGGAUAAAUUUCGAAGCAUCAGAGAUAAAGAGAUCAUAAAAAUGGCCAUAAAGACAUAUCAGAUCAUAUAUAAUACAACAGACAUCAGACUUCUCAGCAGCAGUACUCAACACCUGAGGAAUGCCUUCGGAAGUCUAGGUGAAAAUAUUCCGUGCUAAAUCUCAGAACUCGGCCAAACCAUCUAUCACGUAUGAGGAAGGAUAAAGGAAUUUUUAGACAGUGAUAUCCUGAGAGAAGAUGGGAAAAGGCUGCAAAGUUGUGGUUUGUGGAUUGUUAUCUGUUGGGAAAACAGCAAUUUUGGAGCAGCUUCUUUAUGGGAAUCAUACUAUUGGAAUGGAAGAUUGUGAAACAAUGGAAGAUGUGUAUAUGGCUUCAGUGGAAACGGAUCGGGGAGUAAAGGAACAGUUACAUCUUUAUGACACCAGAGGCCUGAAGGAAGGCGUGGAGCUGCCAAAGCAUUAUUUUUCAUUUGCUGAUGGCUUUGUUCUUGUGUACAGUGUGAAUAACCUUGAAUCCUUUCAAAGAGUGGAGCUUCUGAAGAAAGAAAUUGAUAAGUUUAAAGACAAAAAAGAGGUAGCAAUUGUUGUAUUAGGAAACAAAAUUGACCUCUCAGAGCAGAGACAAGUGGACGCUGAAGUGGCACAGCAGUGGGCAAAAAGUGAGAAAGUGCGACUGUGGGAGGUUGGUGCAUUCAAGCCACAAGCUGCUGCUGCAUGUAAAAGAAGCAAAACUUAUCAAUCGCCUCAUAAUUGUUAACUCAGAAAUGGUUCUGUCAUUGCCUGCCUUCUCUCCCAGAUAGUAAGUGUUCAUUUUCUAUACCCUUUUCCCCUGGUAUUUUUACUAUUUUUAACUUUUUUCUAUUAUGUGUAACUUAAAACUAUAUUAGAGUUGCCAUAUUCUUUUAAAAUGUUUAGUGACUAUGUGUGUGCGUUUCUCUACAGUAGUUAAAAGUAACUGAACUGAUCACUUAAGAGUAUAUUAUACAUGCACCUGGCUACUCCUAUAUUGCCCUCAAAUGUGGCUGCACUAAUUUUGUCCAUGAAAGAACCCGUUUCUCAUGCACUUAUCCCACAGCAUUUGCAGGUUAGAUAGACCUUAAAAAUCUAAGUGUUGCAUUACUUCUAGGUUCAAAGGUCAAGUUAGAAGAAUCUGAAAACUACAAAGUAAUAAACACAGCAGUGUUGGGUGGUUGUUUUAAUAUUGUUUAUUAGCACAGUAACAAAUGUAGACUUAAGUAGUCCACAACAUAUAACCAACCCACUGAGUAACUCCUAUUCCACAUCUGACAGUUAACAGCUUAAGGUAUUUUACUACAGGUUUCCACAAGUCCUGAUUCAAACCUCUAUAAUCUUUCCACGACAAAGCAGAUUGGCAUAUAAAAUAAAAUACACAACUAUUCAUUUCCUAUAGGGUGUCUUAAAGCCAUGUGUCCAUUUUAUAUAUAUAUAUAUAUGAGAUGACAGUCUUUUAAAAACUUAAAUACCAAUGUUCCUGUCUAAGAAGGAAAAAACAAAUUCCAAAUUGUUUAAACAAAAUAAUGCGGUCAUUAGAGAACCAAAUAAAUGGCCAUGUGUGUAACCUGCACAAACGAAAUACCUGUCUACUGUAGCAAGAUACCUUAAGUUACAACAAAAUCUUAAGAAAUAAGACUGAAUAAUAUCUGUUAUAGAAAUACCCUACUCUUUACCAACUCCCACCCUCCCCCACCCCUUGAAAAUCACAAGCAGCGCUCUCUGUGACAGACAAUGUAAGAAUUGUGAAAACCCAACUUAUGUAGCAUAUCUCUUGGUCCACUGUCUGGCCAUUCUGUCAUGUUCUGCUCUGUUGGUCAUAUACUGAGUGGCAAUACUUCCCACCAAGGGGUCGGCUGGAAGAAAAGAAUGUAGAUUACUUCGGAGAAAGUACAGACAGCUUCUGAAGAAAUGUACCACAAGGUAUUUGUGAUCAAAUCUUUCUUUGAAACACCAGUCUACCACGUUGGGCACUUUUCCUGCGCAGGCAAAUCUGACUUUUAUCUCCUAGUUCAUUCCAUUGCUCUCCCAACAAUACCACCCAAUCGGAGGGUUUUUUGGUCUUACAUCUUAGGGUAUCUUAAACUGAAACUAGACUGUUCAAAGCACUGGACUGCAGUGAGCAUCCUGCUUUGUUCCUAUGACCUUUUUUGCUCAAGGGUACCUGUUGUGACACUGAGUAACUGUGCAGUCCCAAGGGUGCUUGCAGUGUGGUACCACUUACUCGUAUACCGUGUGCUCCUGGGUCAAAACCCAGAACUCCAAUUAAGGAAAUUUUAAUGAAAUGAAGUCCCCCGUCACAUGUGACAAUCGCUAAGUAUUUAGCAAAAAAAUUGAACAUUUAGUAUGUGGUUUUAAGAAUUGUAUGAAUAAGAACAUAUGUGAAAAGGGAGAGGCAGAAUGAAUGAAAAUUUAGAAAAAUCUGUAUCUUAACAAACUUAAUGCGUCCGGUAACCAAGUAUUUUGAUUACCAGGUGAGGAAGAGUAAAACAAAGUAAAUUAACCUUACCAGGAUUGCAGUCUGUAAGAAGUGAGCAGAUAGAAAGGAGGACUUUAGAAAUGGUUAGUGCUGGACUCCAAUUGUCUUUCAGUAUGUCCAAACAAAUAACUCCUUGACUGUUAAUAUUACAGUGGUAGAUUCUUGUGCGAAAUGUAACCUAAAAUAACAAAAUGUAUAAUUUUAAAUAGCAACAAAGAAGCUUUUUACUAAAUUGCCCUUCAGGUGAGUGGCCCUAAAGUAUAAUGCUGACAAAUAGAUUGAUACUAAUAGAAAGUGUUCAUUGAUACUCAGGGACUGCCAACUUCACUAAAAUAUCCAUCAACAAAAACUUUUAAUAUUUCCUGAAUUAGCAGUUUGAUUUCCUUAACAUUUCCAACUUAGAAUAGCUAUAUGUUUGCUGACCUCUGGUGGUAGCUGACAGUACUACAAGGGUACAUAAAAUUACAAUCAAAUUCAAGCUCAGAUAAAGUGAGGUCCAAUGUAGUAGGUACAUAAAGACACUUAAAAUGUUUUUAGCAAACAGUGAUCACACACUCAAAAACCUGUAAAAGAAAUUCUUAAUUUGUUUCUGCUUUUUUCUAGCCUUUGUAGCUUCCUAUCUACCUAAAUCACAGAAUUCACUCUUAACAGUGUCCCCACAGGUGAGCCACCAGCAGUGGAACACAGCAAUAGACAACACAAGCUAUAGUAUGGGUAACUUGAGUGUCCUAAUUUUGGUGAACUACUUUACUGACAGACUUUCAAUCAUUUCUUGCUGUGGCAAUCGUUCUUGUAUCUGGCAAGCUACCUCAUCUCCAAGAGGUUUUUACUUUCUGCCGGCGUGAAUGAGAAUCAGAUUGUUGCGUAUUACGAGAUGGGUAUCAUAGAUGAGAAAACAAGUCUUGGAGGUAAGGAUUUGGAUAACAAAGCAAAAUCGAAGGCUUUGGUAGGAGAUUAUGAUUUUCCUGUUGCUUUAUUAGUGCAUGGGUAUUCUGACCCCAUUUAACUGUUUAGAAACUUUUACCUGGCUGGAAAAUUCUAGGCUGCUGCUUUUGAUGGCACUUAAAAUCCUACCAUUUAGUCAGCCCAAAGAAGUGUUUUAUGUACAUUCAAUUAAGAUGACAAGCAGGUUUCCUGUUAUGCUUAUGUAUAUGAUAAUAUUAAGUCUCAAUUUUAGCAUCAAUUAGUACUGAGUUUCUUACCUUUGGAGGUUUGAAGGGAUAUUCUGGUGUAAAAGUGAUAUCAAGGAAGAAUACACCACCCUCAUAUACAGAUCCUGGAGGCCCUAGAAUGGUUGAUCUCCAUUCAUAGAUGUUAUCACCUUUGGGACCAGCACUGUGGAGUAAGAUAGCAAAAGAGGACUUAGAUGAUGGCACGAUUCCAAUUUUUACAGUGUAUCAAGGAAGGGAAAGAUCAUGUCCAUAAAGUAUGAGUAAGAACCUCAAGAAACGCAUAAAACUUGGGUAAAUUAAUUCAUUCAUCUGAAGUAUGCUUACCUGCCUACACAUUUGCACCCUGCGUAUGUACUGGGUAGAACGCCUAUAGUGGCUUACAGAGUGUGACACCCUUUUGCCAGACUGUAGUAAACUGAAAAUGGUUGAGUAGAUGAAGACAAAUAGAAUAGAGGUUACAGAUAAAAAGAUGAGUACACAUAUGUUCAUUUCAUGAUAUCCAAACCCCUCUUAAGAGGGGCCAAGAAGAGAAACAGUAAUCAGUAACCAUACUGUCUACUUCGUAGCUUGGUGAUACUCAGAGACCCAGAAAAAGUUUAGUCGGUCCAUGCCAAUGGACCCAAUUCUGGCUGGUUCUUUAAUACAGAAGAAGGUUUAAAAGAACAAAGACGGAUUACAGUGUGCCUCUGUAAACUCAUCUUGGUUCCUUUGCAACUUUUAUGGACAAUAUGGAACUUUAGGUCUGGGUUUGCGUGGCAGAAAUCUUUAGUGUAUUACAAUAUGAGGGGAGGGGGACAGGAAGAUUCUAUUUAAAAAUCUCCCCUGGUGAUCUUUAAGCAGGUGAUUAGCAUGUGGGUGUCACUGGUACUGAAAGUAGGACAAUCAGUUGAGAAUAAGCUUUACAGAUUGUCACCUGUGAUACUGACUAGAAACCAAAAGAUAGCUGUGCUCAGCUUUUGCUUGGGUAUGAGCUUCUAAGUAAAAUAGCAAAUAUAGUGAAAUCCUAAAGCAAAAAUAGGAGCCCUAAAAGACUUUUUUAGUAACAGGGAUUAAUUCUCAACCAGGGGACUUCGGGAACUGAAUGAAAACGUGACACUCACUUUAAAGCUGUUAUUGAAUAAAUUCAUGUAACAUUUUCUAAUGUUAUUUUUUCUUCCCCAAAUUCUCUCGUUAAAAAUCUACUGGUUUAGAAGACAGGUGGACCAUCCCCACCCCACCCUUGGGCUGUCACAGUCCCUCAGACACAAUAUUAAAGAAGCUAAGUGAGACAGGCAAGACAGAAAAUUGUAAGUGCUACUCCAGUGAACAAGAGCGCAAAACAGCCUUAUUGCUGAUAUGGAGCCAGUUUCAGUGGUGGUCUGACGACAUCAUCAAACCAGCCAUAGCAUUCCCUUAAACCAAAUCUCCAGCAAGGUCCUAUGGCUCUUCACUUCCAUGAAGCCUGAGGGGUCGGGAGGCUGCAGAAGCUGCAGCAAGUUACCUACAAGAUCUAGCUAUUCAUGCUGAAAUAUCAUUCACUUAAACAGUUUUCCCAUGCAAAUGAAAUGUAGAAGAUGCCCUCUAACACUCUGAUAGCUAGAAAGGAAACUCAGUUCCCUGGCUUAAACGACAGGUUGACUCUGUUAGACGCAGGGGCUAAUGCAGCCUAUGUAGUCAAAGCAGAUGCUAAUUUAUCAUUACGGAAAUCUAGGAUCCUGAAAAAUUAUGCUAAAUCUAUGUUUCAUAAACAAAGCUUCAGUUACAUAGAGCACUGUUUACAUGGUUGAUUAAAAAACUCAUGUGACUACAUUGUUGCGGUGUCUGAGGCUUGUGUGCCUUUUUUCCCCUUCUAGACCAAAUACAACUAUGGAAACAUGUUAAGAAAUAAUCAUUUCUAAUUUUGACAGUAUUUCCUUAUUUCUAUAUUGGGUUGACUUCAUUUAGCUACACUAGUAUUAGGAGCAGAGGCUCCAUUUUUAACAUAUCACUAAUGCGACCUUGGUAAUUAUACAAGGCAAAAAAUCCAGUUGUUUCUGCUAAAUGCAUAGUUUUAAACAGAAUUUCAACAGUAUAAAAUGUCAUUUAACAUAUAAUCCUAACAACCAAUAAAACCAAUAACUCUUGAAAUUUGUGUUCUCUGGGUUGACUUAAAAAUUACCAUAGGUUAACUCUUUUAAGUUUCAUUUUGCUUUGUUUCUCUUUGUGAGUCCUCCCCCUUUCAUGUGUUAUAGGCUACUGGUCUUCUAUUUCAAUGGUUAGAAAGCAAAGCUGCAUUUCGAUUUUCAAAAAAUAGCAUUGAUUUCUUACAAAGUACACCCUGGAAGUAAGAUACAAAUUAAGUUUUGAAAUUUAUUGGGAGAGAUGACACUUGCUUACAAACAUAGAAAACCCUAAUCCAGAUGUUAUUUUAGGCAUAAUUCUGAAAUGCUUAGUUAUCUAGUCUUGUUCCUAGAAAAAAAUGACAAGUUGGAAAGAAAGAAACAUGCUGUAAAUAUGCAGUAAGUUCGUAUGGCAGCAGUAAGCUGGCAAUGGAUGAAUGAAGGUUUGCAACGGGUUGCUGCUCAGGAUCACCUGAAUGAGCAGCUCAGUUCUCCCACCUAAAAAUCCCAAGUCGGUUCCCCCAUUCUAUAAAGCACCCCUACAACAAAAUAUUUUCUUGACCCCAACUAUCAAUAGCACUGAGGCUGGCAAUCCAGUAAAACAAAGACAUCCAACUGAAUGGGAGAAAAUAUUUGCAUAUCAUACAUCUAACAGGAGCCAAUAUCCACGGUCUACAGAGAACUCACACAACUCAAUAAAAAGAGAAGAAGCCAGCAGAGGCGCUAGACAGACACUUCUCCAAAGACGACACACAAAUAGCCCGCAGACCCAUGAACAAAUGUUCAACAUCACUUAUCAGGGAAAUGCAAAUCAAAACCACAAUGAGAGCCUCCUCACUGCAGUGAGAAUAAUGGCCCACAUUAAAAAAAAAAAAGCCCAGAAACAACAACUGUUGGUGAGGGUGUGGUAAAAAGGAAUCCUCAUAAACUGCUGGUGGGAAAGCAGGACGGUUCCAGAUCCUAUGGAAAAAUGUGGAGAGUUCCCAAAAUAGCAAAAAUUACACCAUAGGAUCUACUAACCACUCCUUGGCAUUUGUCCAAAGGAUGCAAAAACACUUGGAAGGAAACACGCAUGCUGUGUUCACUGCAGCGCUAUUUAAGAUGGGCGCCUAAUGCAAAUGGCAGGUCACUGGCUAAGAAAAGGCGGUACUAUGCACACAUGGUGGAAUGGUCGUCGCUCACUGAGAAAAGACAGAUGAACUCCUGCCAUUUGACAUCAUGGAUGGAGCUGGAGGGGAGUAUGCUAAGCAGAAGUCGGGAGAAAGAAAACCACCUAAUGAUUUCACGCGGAUGUGGAAUAUGCAGAGCCGAAACAAAGGCUAGAAAUGGCUGAACUGGGGCUAGUGGAGGGGCACAGGAUCAGGAACAAAGUGGGGAGGGGCCCACUGAUACCUGAUACAUGGGUGCUACAGGAUGGGGUGGGGUGAUUCACACCCGAGAAAAUAGGAACCUGUUCCUCUUUAGCAUACACAGUGAUGCAAACCACUAUUACCUCAAAUAAAAAUUAUAAAUUACCCUUGGCAUUAUCUAGCUUUCGCCACUGUAACUGCAGUAAGACUAUACAAUCAACACCAUUCACAAAACUUAGACCACGCUUGCAGGGAGAAAUCCAGCAUGGCACGGAUAUUGCCAGCAACGAAUACAUUACGCAAAAUCCAUUCUUAAUUUACUCUUCCUUUGCUAAGAAAUUCAAAGAGGGGGGGAAGAAUGGUAAGGAGGCAGUAGUCUACAGUAGUCUACCGAAACAAAUCCACCCCCACAAUGGUCCCCCAGGAGACAGACUCUACAUAGAAUAGCAGCUACACCUUCUCAAGAGCUCUACUUACAGGAAAAACUUCCUGUCCUCAGCAUCGUUCUUCAUAAAAAGGCAGACAUUUGUACUCUAGAGUUGAGUGGCAGAAGGAACAUGAAAAACCAGAAAACAUCUCUAAGGAGACGAACGGGUAAGUGAAAAGGCCUGGUGAGUCCUGUACAGAAAUGGGGCAUUCGCUGCUCUAGGCCUUAGUAAACGAAGAGCAGCCUCCUCGUACGAGGAGGGGGGAAGGGAAAAGAGGUGGCGGCAGUGAUGCUUGGGAUGUACAAUUCAGGUUACUCGCCCAUGGAAAGAACUUCCAGACCAAGGGCCCAUCUGAAAGCCUCCCCCCAAAGCUGGUGCCCAAAUAAGUGUGUACAUUGGUGGUAUCCAGCAGUUAUCCUGAAUAGUGGGUCCAGAUAGUGGGGACAUUGCCCUACAAAAGGAAGGGAAAAUAAUGAGAUCAUGGGCCUCCCUGUGGCCUCACGGUUAAGUCUCAGCUCUAUCAUCACUGUGGUCAAAGUUUGAGCCCCAGCCAGGGAGCUGACCCACAUAUCGCACAGCAGACGUCUCCUGUCUUGCCUGCCACUCCCCUCAGCAAUGUAUUUCAGCUGGUCUUUCUGUUCUGCUCCCCACUGUCUCUGGUGAAUCCCCUCACCCACCCACCUCUGGCCUGUACCCCAGUUCUUGUAUGCAUAAAUAAAUCUUCUGAAAAAUAAAAUUGGGGCCUCCUUGGUGGCGCAAGGGAUUAAGACGCAACCUAUGACGCUACCUGCAGCCACCACAGCAUGAGUUCGAUCACCAGCCAGGGAACUACCCACACAGCGCGGCAGACCUCUCCUGACUCGCCUGCUGCUCCCCUCAGCAGUGUAUUUCAGUCAACUGCCUGUUCUGUUCCCCACUCUGUCUCUGGUAGAUCCUCUCACCGCCCACACCUCUGUCCUGUACCCCCAUUCUUGUAUGCAUAAAUCUUUAAAAAAUAAAAUGAGACAUAGCCACUAAAGUAAAUGACCUUCCAACAAAGCCUGAAUACCAACAAUGAGGAAACGGCACCUGCUGUCCUCAUUUGGCAGUAAGUGUAUAAACCUUCAACGGAAUUUGCAGUUUUUCACACGGCUGAAAGGUCUACAGAAGUUGCACAGAGUUCAUUAAA